GUGGAAAUGGUUGCUAAUAUUGUUGUUCAAACAUUACACGGAUGUAUAAGUUGAAUUUGGAAAACAUCCGCCCCCUUUUUCCCCCUCUUGACUUUCCCUCCGUGCGAUGGUUCGGUCUUACCAAACAGAUUUCAUUCAUAAAAUUCCAGCUCACUAUAAAAGGCGGGCCUCUCCACUAUCUGCACAGUUACCAUUUAUGAACCCGGCAAAUGGAAUAUAAGUAGUGGUUUAGGUGUGAGUUUUCUACUUAGGUUUGAGAGACUGUUGUAUCUUUUUAUGCAAUGCUUUUAGACGAGAACAUGCAUCCAGACUCCAGCACUGAGUUCGACUCAUCGUCCAGCUGUAGCACAGCAUCGCCUGGCGGGGACACCCCUGGGUGCAGCCAGCAUCCUCCUGACUCGCUUUCAUCAUCAGUGGACAGCACCAAGGAUGCUGAGACCAGUGCAGCGGACUCCUUUGUUCCGACUGUGACUGCAAUCUCAACCUCGCCGGAUCUAAGGUGGAUGGUGCAGCCGACAGUCAUCACAUCUGUCUCUCCGUCGUCCGGCCGUGCAAAGACUAAAAGUCGCGGCUCGACCCAGUUGUCUUGCCCGGCAGGUGCAAACAAGGCAAAGCCCUCCAACAGGAAAGGGCUGAAAGACAAGCCUUCCAAAGAGGAGGAGGAAAGGAGGAGGAUCAGGAGGGAGAGGAACAAAAUUGCUGCAGCAAAGUGUCGUAACAGACGGAGGGAGCUGAUAGACACUCUGCAAGCUGAAACGGACCAGCUCGAAGACGAGAAGUCUGCCCUCCAGGUGGAGAUAGCCGACCUGCUGAAGGAGAAGGAGAGACUGGAGCAGGUUUUAGUCUCCCACAAACCAUCCUGCAAACUCCCUGCAAAUGACGGUGACGAGGAGGAGGAGGAGGAGGAGGAGGAGGAGGAGGAGGAGGAGGAGGAGGAGGAGGAGGAUAAAGAAGAUGAUGUUGACACCAUGCUGCAGGAUCCUCCGGCCUCCCCGCAGCUGCUGUCCAUCUUUGAGGAUGGAAAACCCCCGGAGAGCAACACAGCCAUCGGAGAAGCCUCCAUCGGUCAAGACAUGGAGAGUGUCCCCAUCAUCCCCGCUGCAGCCAUUCUGGGGAACUCCAACAUCCUCCUGUGUUCGAGUGCAGAAGAGGAGGCUCUGGAGGACCUAAAAGGAGACGACCUGGACGACUUGGUGCCCAGCCUAGAGAUGGCAGUGACUCCAGACAUGGCUUCAUCCGUCCCUGACAUAGACCUGAGCGGCCCCUUCUGCCUCUCAGACUGGGACACCCUUUACAAGUCUGUGGCAAACGACCUUGAGUCUUUGAGCACACCAGUCAUGUCCUCCAGUCCCACUUGUAGCAAUUACCGCACAGUGUUUUCCUUUAAUUACUCCGAGAUUGAUUCCUUGGCGGAGGGCUUUGAGAGCCUCAAAGGCAGUCUUAGUGCGUCUGAGUUAAUGAAAGAUAGUCUUAACUCUCCAACACUUCUGGCCUUGUGAAUGCAAGGAAGUUAUGCAACAAUACUGUUAAUAUUGUAUUCUUAAACCGCCAGCAAGCUAUAUGAUCUCUCCCUCUCUCUCUUAAAAACAAUGUUUUGUAGUGUGAGUUUUGAUGUUGUAUAAAUCUUGACAUCAAAGGUUGUGUACAUGACAUGUUUUCUGUGACUGUAACAGGGUUUGACUUCUUCCUUAUUGCCGGUGCAAUUCUCUGAGCGGAGACGUUGCCCUGGUAACAAAAAUGCAUGCAAAUACAAGUCAUCUGUAUUCCAAGAAGAGGUGGCAUCUUGUGUUUUUGAUGUGAUGUGAAGUUAGAUCAUGCUCAAUAGCCUAACGUAUGCGUACUACUGUUGACAAAGUUGUGUUGUAACAAGUGAAAAUAGCAGGGUUACUAAAGUGUAGUGUAUGGUGUCACAUCUUGCUGUAAGGUGUCCCCUAACAUUUCCUUUCAAGUUUUUUCCAUUCAAAAAAAGAAAGAAAAAAAGAUCACGUCAUGUAUUUUAUCAAGAUGUAUUUUAUGACAUAGUUUAUUUUUUUACUUAUGAAAAAUGA